AUGGCAAUCAAUUGGCGUGAAUUGUUUCCAACAAAACUAACAUUUCUUAUAUUCAUACUGUAUAUGUCCCUGUUUAUUGGACAAGGGAUAUUUGUAACCGCCUCACAAGAAUCCAAUAAUUCAUAUAGUUAUAACACCGUGACAGUUGUUCUAUUAACCGAAGUCUUGAAACUUUUAGUUUCCGCAUCACUAUAUCUCAGAGAUCACAAUUUCACAUCAUUGGUCAAGGAUGUUCGCAAAGAUUACAAUGUUAUGCUGCUGUAUUUUGUUCCAGCCUUACUAUAUUGCCUCUACAAUAAUUUGGCAUUUGUAAAUCUGGCCACGUUCGACCCCACAACAUAUUAUUUGCUAUUGCAAUUACGAGUUGUUAUAACGGGUAUUUUGUUUCAGAUAAUUUUCAAAAAAUACCUCUCGAAGCGGCAAUGGAUUUCACUAGUCUUACUGACACUUGGCUGUAUGUUGAAACAAAUUAAUUUCAGUGGCAUCUAUGGUGAUAAUAAUCAAGACACUAAAAAUGUGGCGGCAGCAGCAUCAUCUGAUACGGCCAACUCGAACAACCAUUUCAGUAAUAAAAAUAUGAAUGGUUUUGAUUUUAGUUUAAGCGCCCUACUAAUUUUGGCCCAAACCAUAUUCUCAUGCCUGGCUGGGGUCUACAAUGAAUAUCUGCUCAAAGACAAAGGUUCCGAAGUGAAUAUCUUUGUACAGAAUGUGUUCAUGUAUUUAGAUUCGAUUGUUUGUAAUGUGGUAAUACUACUAUUUCAAGGUGAUCUGUUCUCAGCCUUUACAGCGGAGAGUCUUCAGGCAAUAUUCCGCUUUAAGGUCCUCAUUAUUAUUGUAAACAAUGCCGCCAUUGGUAUUGUGACAAGUUUCUUUUUGAAAUAUAUGAAUUCAAUAUUGAAGACAUUUGCCAGUGCGUUGGAGCUAAUGUUCACAGCGGUAUUGUGUUAUUUCCUUUUCGCCAUACCGAUUUAUAUAAAUACAGCAAUGGCCAUAGCUGUGGUCUCCUUUGCCAUUUAUUUGUAUUCACAAAGUCCUGUGGUGAAUUUGGGUAAGGUACGACCACUGACAAGUGUCAAUGAUUUACGCGAUAAACAAAAAUUGUUGGAUGAGGAUGGUGAUACUGAUUUGGAAAUGGAUAUGGUGUAG